GAGCGCUUAACUGUCAUGACUGGAAUGAAGCAGGCACAUAGUGGUGUCAUUUCUGAUUUGGGCGAAGAGUUCAUUGUGAUACUGUUAACUAAAAUGGACAGCUUGAAGCCAAGCAGGUUUAUAUAAGAUGAUGGGGAAAAAUUCCUUUUCCAUUGUGAACUGCCUUCCAGAAUUUAUAAUAGGACUUCGCUGAUGUUGCUACUGAUGCCAAUGUGGAAUAAAGUCUCGGGUGUCCAUCUCUCCCCAGUUUCUGAGAUUGUCCUGGACCAUGACCACACCUCUUCUCCAGUUGGCUGCCUCUCUGAGUCCAUCUCAUCACCAGAGAACACACAUGCAGACAACAACAUUGUCAGUCAGCCUGUCCCUGCAGCACAGAUGCAGCAAUCAACACAUACUCAUCUGGAUAUCUCACUUUUUCCAUUGGGUUUAACCGAUGAGAAAAGUAAUGGAACAAUUGCUCUUGUGGAUGAUUCUGAGCCUCUGGGAGCCAAUGUGUCAAAUAGACAGCUUCAGCAGAAAAUUUCAAGCCUGGAGAUGAAGCUCAAAGUUUCUGAAGAAGAAAAACAGAGAAUUAAAAAGGAUGUGGAAUCAUUGAUGGAAAAGCAUAGUAUCUUAGAAAAAGAUUUCCUUAAAGAAAAAGAGCAAGAGGCCAUUUCUUUUCAAGAUAGAUACAAAGAACUUCAGGAAAAACAUAAACAAGAAUUGGAAGACAUGAGGAAAGCUGGUCACGAAGCCCUCAGCAUUAUUGUGGAUGAAUAUAAGGCACUACUGCAGUCUUCAGUCAAGCAACAAGUAGAAGCAAUUGAAAAGCAGUACAUUUCUGCAAUUGAGAAACAAGCACACAAGUGUGAGGAGUUGUUGAAUUCUCAGCAUCAGAGGCUCCUUGAAAUGCUAGAUACAGAGAAAGAACUGUUAAAAGAAAAAAUAAAGGAAGCUUUGAUUCAGCAAUCUCAAGAACAAAAGGAAAUACUGGAAAAAUGUUUGGAGGAAGAAAGACAGAGAAAUAAAGAGGCAUUAGUAUCUGCUGCAGAGCUCGAGAAAGAAGCAGUGAAAGAUGCAAUUUUAAAAGCCAUAGAAGAAGAGAGGAAAAAUUUGGAAAAAGCCCAUGCUGAAGAAAGGGAGUUAUGGAAGGCCGAACAUGCAAAAGAUCAAGAAAAAGUAUCUCAGGCAAUUCAGAAAGCUAUACAAGAACAAAGAAAAAUAAGUCAGGAGAUGCUGCAAAAAAAAAUUAUUGAGACAGCAAGAGAGUCAUUAACUGAGAAAGCUGGGGUGUACCCACCAGAUCAGGAAACUGUUAAGGCAGCAAUAAUAGAAGAACAGAAGCGAAGUGAAAAGGCUGUGGAAGAGGCAGUGAAAAGAACAAGAGACGAAUUGAUAGAGUAUGUAAAAGAACAGAAAAGGCUUGAUCAAGUCAUCCGCCAAAGAAGCCUGUCCAGUUUGGAACUGUUCCUCUCCUGUGCUCAGAAACAGUUAAGUGCUUUAAUAGCUACGGAGCCGGCUGACAUUGAAUAAAGAGAACAUGACAAGCUAACCCA